AAGACAAAUAGAUACUUGUGCUGAGGAGAAGAAACACAAGAACAGCUCAUUCACUGCUCUCCUCCUCGCUGCUCAGGAAGAAAGAUGGAGACUGCAAUGAGGAGCCUUUUUUCAGAUAACAGCAGAUACCUCGAGUCCUUCCGCUACUUCCUUAAGAAUUCCACUGUGCACCAGUGCAUGCAGGAGUUUAUAGAGACCAGGCUGCCGGGUGUCCUCUCCAGUAUAGGGGAUGGAAAGACGACCAUCAAUGUCCUUGGAGUAGGAAGUGGAUCGGAAACACUUUCUUGUAAAUUCCAAAUUCUAAAAAUCUUCUCCAAAAUACAAGCUCGAUAUCCUGGAGUCUCCAUCCAUGCUGAUAUUGUUGAGCCAAGCCCAGAGCAGAUGCUCAGCUACAAGGAGAACGUGGCCAAGAUCCCAGGACUUGAAAAUGUUCAUUUUAACUGGAUCAACAAAACAGCUUUUGAGUUUGAGGUUCAAGUGAAGAAAAAGAAGUCAGAAAGAAAGUAUGAUUUCAUCCAUAUGAUAGAGAUGCUGUACUACGUAGAAGAUGUGCCAGCAACACUGACCUUCUUCAGGAGCCUAUUGACACCGAAUGGAAAACUUCUUAUAAUACUUGUAUCCGGAAAUAGCGGAUCUUCUAUUAUAUGGAAGAAGUACGGACAACAAAAGGACCACUGCAUCUCAGCGGACAACAUUGCAGACCUGCUGAGAUCAGAGGGCACAAAGUAUCAGAGCUAUGAGCUGCCAUCUUACAUUAACAUCACGGAAUGCUUCAUCGAUGGGAACAGGAACGGGGACUUGAUGUUGGAUUUUCUCACGUUGACGUAUGAUUUUAACAAAAAUGCCCCUCCCGAGCUGAGAGAGGAAAUAUUUCAAGAUCUCAAGUGCCCAAAGUACAGCUCUGUUAAAGAGGGAAAGAUCAUUUUAAAUAAUUGUCUUAGUGCUAUAGUGGUGGGGAGUGGAUAGAUAUGAGGAACAAUGGGCGCGUCCAUGCAACUGGUCUCAGGGAUUGCAAAAAUUCUCUAAAUCUUGACUCCUUUUUACUGUUUUUAGAUGCGAUGUUUAAAAAGAUUGGGGGUCAUCCUUUUUGCUAUUAUGGGGACUGUUAAUGUAGUGGAAUUCAGGAACAAGGUGGGAAGGCUUGGGGCUUCUCUACACCUCUCCAAAGUCUAUGCUUUUUCCUCAUAUUUAAUAUUUUUU